AUGACUGACCAAAGCGAACUUGACCAACUGGCCACUGCCGAGCUGCAGAGACUUCAGCGCCAGCAUCGGGGUCUCCAACUGGACCUUCGAGGUCUCCUCGAGGAAAAAGCCAAGCGACUGAAAAAACAGAACCAUAUGAUAAACGUUUUGCAAGUGGAGCACCAGAAGCUAAAGGAGGAAAUCAAGACGCUUGAAGGAGGCACUCAUGCCAGAAAGAACACUUAUAGGGAGAAACACCUAGGAACUCUCCAGGGACAGCAGGCGGACCUGCAAAGGGUGCUCCAAAAUGAGCGUACCAAUCUUUGGGAACUGGAGGGCCACAUCCGAAAAAUGGAGAAGGAGAUUGAUGCACUGCGCCGCAACGAAGUGCCCGAUAACUGCUACAAGGACACCAUUUGCAAGGUCCAGAAGAGCGUGGUCAAACUGGAGAACCGCUUGGAUGUGGUCAACAAAAAGUGCAGCGAUGUGCUCACCGAAAACAGCAAGAUGCGGGACGCCAUUAAUCAUAUGCUGCAAGAUCGGGCCAACUUCAACGACAUGUGGCAGUCGAUGGUCACUCAGUUUAACGAGGGCAAAAAGUUCAUUAUGGAUUUAAUAGACCAGUCGACUCUGGCCUUUGACCAGCGGGAGGAGUUGUGCAAUAAGCUAUCCGUCCUGAAGGACCGCAACGAGAACGAUAAGGUGAUGCACAUCCAGGAGAUGCGUGAGAUGCAGCGCCGCCUGGAGCACGAUGCCAAGUUACAGAAGUUCUUCGACAUCAAAGGUCAAAAGCGACUAAACCCGGAGCUGGAGCAGCGCGAGCUGGACAAGAAGCAGAGCCAGAAGGAGAACUAUGAGAGGCAGCUCCUGGAGUACAAGGAGAUCAUCGAGAAGAUCAAAUUGCUAUACGGCGAGGAGGAUGCGGAGCGACUGGUGGCCCAGUUUAAGCGGCAGGAGGACGAGAACUUUGCCCUCUUCAAUUAUGUCAACGAGCUGAGUCACGAGGUGGAGGUGCUGAACGAUUCCACACAGGAACUACAGGAUGAAAUAGAACGUCAGAAAUCGGAGCAGACCGAAAAGGAGUUGAAGCUGAAGACUGAGGCUCUGGACUAUCUAAAUGCUGAACAAGAAAGAAUUGAGCAACUCGCGGAGGAGACUAGAGAAAAGAAGCGCACCUUAAGCAUCAGACUAGAACAGCUUCUUAAAGGCAUCGAGGAUAUAUUCAGACAAUUGGCCUGUGAUGAUGCUCCCAUCCUAAAUGUACUCAGUACCAAGACUUUUUUGACCGUUCACAAUGUGAAGCUUUUCAUUGGCGUUAUUGAGCGACGGGUCAAUCUGAUCAUCAGCGCCAUUAAUAUCGAGGACAACUCCAACAAAAUACUGGCCAGAAAAGAUCGUGUUCCGAAAUUCAACAUUCGGGAAUCGGCCAAGACUAAAAACUGA